UCCUCAAGCCGCCAUAGGCCAUUGGCUCUCCCUUUUUAACGCCAAUCUUCCUCCUCUCCUCUUCAUUCCUAUCCCAACACCGUAUCAAAUAAUCAUACAUACAGUUCUCAUACAUUACCCACAAAGAAAAGAAAGAAAACACGAGGAGAUCUAGUUGACUUUGUUACCUUCUUGAAACAUUAUUAGCAGCAAUGGCAUCUCAGCAAUCCAGGAGAGAGAGCGCUACAAGUGAGAGAGAGAAUUAUGUGGAGAGAGAAAGAGUCCCAAAAAUGGCUAGCCAUUUUGAGUCUUUGAUAGAGAAACCAAAAGAAUCAGUUGUCGAAGAAAACAUCGGUGAAGGUGGCAAUGAAACGGGAGCCCAGUACUUUGAGUCUCUUGCUGACAAAAUGAGAGGAGCCAGGACGGAUGUUUCUAGUGAUAAAGAAAGGGAAAGAAGAGAAGAAUUAGAAAGGAAAGCAAGAGAGGGUUAUUCUGUUGGAAAAUCUAAAGUGGAAGGGGGUGGAAAAGAAACCGAAGGCAAACAAGAGGAGAAUGGUAGUGAUCGAAACAAAGAGCAACAACUUUCUCUUGAUGAAAUAACGAAGUUAAGAGAAACGGCGCAAAAAAAUUCGUUGGAGGCUUUAAAUGCAGCUGAAGAAAGAUAUGAGAAAGCAAAAGAGAAGGCAAGCCGAGUUGUGGGUUCCGCAACUAAGACUGUGAAAGAGAAAUUUCCUCAAGCAAAAAACACUUUUGCUGAGAAGGCUGCACAACCCAAAGACAUUGCUGUGGAGAAGGCCGCACAAGCCAGAGACAUUGCUGUGGAGAAGGCCGCACAAGCCAGAGACAUUGCUGCACAGAAGGCCGCACAAGCCAGAGACAUUGCUGCACAGAAGGCCGCGCAGACAAAGGACAUUACUGUACAGAAGGCCGCACAAGCAAAGGACACUCUAGUUGAAGGGGCUCAAAAAACUACCCAUUAUAUCGCAGAGAAGGGAGCACAAGCAAAAGACACCAUUGUUGAAGGUGCUAAGAAAACUUCGGAGUAUGUUGUAGAGAAGAGCAAAGGGGCCAUGGAUUAUACAGUACAGAAGGCAGUAGCAGCUAAAGAUGUGACUGUGGAAAGUGGCAAAGAGGCCGCUUAUUAUGUAGAGAAAGUGGCCGUGGAUGUGAAAGACAAGGCCGCUGCAGCUGGAUGGACUGCUGCUCAUUACACAACUGAAAAAGCUGUGGAGGGGACUAAGGCAGCCGCGAGGGCAGUAGAGUAUGCUGGUCAGAAGACUACCGAGCUUGCAGGGAAGCCAUUGGGUGCUGCUAAAGAGACUGCUGCGUCUACUGGUGAAAGUAUCAAGGAGUAUACAGCUAGGAAGAAAGAGGAGGCCGAGAGAGAACUUGAGGCUCGAAAAGCUGCAGAAGGACAGAGGAGUUUCCAGGGAGGAGAAUACAGGGAAGAAUCACAAGUUCAUGCAACAGGAGGUCAAGGAGCAGAGGAAGCGAGCGUCACAAAAAAAUUCAGCGAGAAAGUCGCCCCAGAAGGAGACGAACAAGAAGAACAAUAUUGGCGGCGGCAGCAGCGACAAGAAGAAAGCAGCCUACUGGGCGCCAUUACCGAAACUAUAGUGGAGAUUGCUCAAGCAACCAAAGAUCUAGUUAUUGGGCAAGACCCACCUGGAGCUGGGACGACGGGUGGCUAUGAGGCAAGCCAUUUGGAGUAUGGGAAACAAGAAGAACAUUAAAGAAGAAUAUAAGAGAAGUUCUUAUCUCCGCUGACAUCGAGUGAAAGAUGAAGAUGUCUCCUGGGCUUUUGUCGAGUGGUUGAUGUUGUGUCUAAAUCUAUAGUUUGUUUUUGUGCUAUUGGGAGUGUUGAAUAAUUUUGAACAUCGCUCUGCAUUCAGUGCAGUCAUGUUUCAAUAAUAUACUUGACUUGAUGGCCA